AUGUCCACUGAUUCUAUUGUUAAAGCUUCCAACUGGAGAUUAGUCGAAGUUGGCCGUGUUGUUUUGAUCAAGAAUGGUCAAUCCGCAGGUAAAUUGGCUGCUAUCGUCGAAAUCAUUGACCAAAAAAAGGUUUUGAUCGAUGGUCCAAAAUCUGGCGUUCCACGUCAAGCCAUCAACUUGGGUCAAGUUGUCUUGACUCCGUUAACAUUCACUUUACCAAGAGGAGCUAGAACUGCUACCGUUUCUAAGAAGUGGGCUGCUGCUGGUGUCUGUGAAAAAUGGGCUUCUUCAUCUUGGGCUAAGAAAAUUGCUCAACGUGAAAGACGUGCUGCUUUGACCGACUUUGAAAGAUUCCAAGUUAUGGUUUUAAGAAAGCAAAAGAGAUACACUGUCAGAAAAGCUUUGGCUAAGGCUUAA